AUGCCUCUUCUCUCCCCAGCAGACCCUCCUGUGGCUGCCGCUGUGGUGUCCCAUUUUAAUGACUGCCCAGAUUCCCACAGCCAGUUCUGCUUCCAUGGAACCUGCAGGUUUUUGGUGCAGGAGGACAAACCAGCAUGUGUAUGCCAUUCUGGAUAUGUGGGUGCACGCUGCGAACACGCAGACCUCCUGGCCGUGGUGGCCGCUAGCCAGAAGAAGCAGGCCAUCACUGCAUUGGUGGUAGUCUCCGUUGUGGCCCUGGCUGGCCUCAUCAUCACAUGUGUGCUUAUACACUGCUGCCAGGUCCGGAAGCACUGCAAGUGGUGCCGCACCCUCGUCUGCCGGCACGAGAAGCCCAGUGCCCUCCUGAAGGGAAGGACCACCUGCUGCCACUCGGAAACAGGUACAGGGGUGCUGGGGCCCGGGGACUAUAUGCUCUCUGGAUGCACUUCUGGUGGUCUGAGGAACCCAGAAGAAGAGUUCAGCCAGGUGGACUGUGGCCACUGGAGAAGACAGGACUUCCUCAGGACAGCCUUGUGA